AUGCUUCGAAGUAGAAUUUUCAGAGAAAUCAUCCCGCAAGAGGGUUUGGCGGCACCAUACGCUGAGAAGCUCGGUGGCGUUAAAUUGAUCUCGGAAGAAAUCAGGGAAAUUCUAAAUAUUGAUGUCAGUGUCCUGAUGGGAGCCAAUUUGGCUCAUGAAGUAGCUAACGAUGAUUUCUGUGAAGCAACUAUAGGAUGUAAGAAGAAGGCCGUGUAUGGUGCUGUUCUGAAAAGACUUUUCAAUCGCGAGAACUUCCGUAUUAAUGUGGUUGAAGACGCACACACCGUCGAGCUCUGUGGAGCGCUAAAGAACGUAGUUGCUUGUGCGGCUGGAUUCACUGAUGGUCUUGGUUACGGCGACAACACAAAAGCGGCCGUCAUUCGAUUAGGACUCAUGGAAAUUACAAAGUUUGUUGAACACUACUACCCUGGCUCGAAUUUGGAAACCUUUUUCGAAUCAUGUGGCAUUGCUGACUUGAUCACCACGUGCUAUGGCGGUCGUAAUCGAAAGGUCUGCGAAGCCUUUGUGAAGACGGGUAAAACGCUCCCUGAGGUCGAAAAGGAGUUGCUACAUGGGCAAAGCGCUCAAGGUCCAUUAACUGCUGAUGAGGUGUACUACAUGACGGAGAAAAGUGGCUUGACGGAGAAAUUUCCGCUCUUCACUGCCGUUCACAGGAUAUGCCGAGGGGAAAUUAAACCUACUGAGAUGAUCUCUUGUCUACGGGAACAUCCGGAGCACUUAUAA